AUGACGAGGAGAACAACAAGCACGCGGGAAGCCGAAGACGUCGACGUACCACUUUCUACCAAGAACGUCAUUGCACGCGACGCAUACGUGCAGCAGAUGCAACUCCACAUUCGGUCUACUCAAUGCCCGCACAUUUUGUACACUGACGAGUCCUACAUCCACCACCAUUAUAAGUGCCGGAACCAAGACUUAUACGCCCCAUCGGACUACAUGGAUAUCGCCGCCAAGGAAAAGCGCAAGGACCGUCGCUACUGCUUCAUCGCUGCGAUCUUGGACUCCCCGACGUUAGCGACCGCAGAUAAAGCCCCCAAGCAGUACCAUUCCAUAUUCAACCACGUGGACUACGUCAAGUGGCUCAAAGGGUUGCUGAUGAGCUGGACGGAGAAGGUGUCUCCAACGCCCUCAUUAUAA